CCGAUUCGCAGAUGACCUUGUAGCGAGUGUCGAAGGCGAUGUCGAAUGUCGGGAUGAUUUCCAUGAAAAUGUCUGCUUCAUGGGAAGCUGAAAAGUCUUCAUCGAAUGCCAUUCCGAGACUCUGUAGCCUUAGUUUGGUGCAAAUAAUAUUGGAUAGACCUAUCGAACCUGAAUGCCCAAACACAGGAUUUUAUGUGGUCGUUCGAAUGCGUGGUACAGCUCGUCGGGUUUUACGUUCACCUGAGAUCACUCUUAUUUGUCCACGUGCUUCACAGCCACAAAAUGGGAUAGCAAACUUUCAUUCAAACAAUGUCCAACAUAAUCCGACUGAGAUUGGCGGCGGCGACUUAACCGGUCAGGGAGGAUGUUCUCUUUCCCUCAACACACCUGGAUCCUUAGUUGGCGGUGGCGUUUCGGUUCUUAUUGACUUCACGUGCAAUAUUCAGUAUUCACAUUUUCUGACUCGUGAUUCUAAUACGCUUCAAAUUUUACUCCAACGUCGUAAAAAGUACAAAAGCAAAGCUGUGAAUUUAGGAUACAAGACACUUGCCUACUGUAAUGUCAGCCUUGCCCAAGUUUUACAACGUCGUAUUGAGAAUCGAUUUUUAGAUUUAUACACCGAUCCAAAGUGUUCCACUCAUCCAAUUGGUAGAAUCGAAGUUUUAUACUUAUCAAGUUUACCUAUUGAAAAAGAUUUAUUAAACGGAAAGCGUAAAGUUGUAGAUGAAGAUGAAGAUUAUCCUAUACCAGAUGUUUAUAGUGAACAAGAGGAUUCAGAUCAUGUUGAAGAAAGUGAUGACGACCAGAUAGCUGAGUGUGAAAUAGUUGGACACAGCCGUCAAAAAAAGCUUGUUAAAGCUAUGUCUGUUGGUUGUGUAAAUCAAAAGCAAAUUAAGCAAAAACUAAUUGGUUUACUGAAAAAAUUAAAAAUUAGUGAUCCUAAUGAGGUUGACUUAGAUGUGGCUACAACAUCGAAAUUAUGGGAUGAAAUUGAUCGUAUAGCGACAGCUAGUGAUAUUGAAGAGGAUUCAGAUGCGGAAAGUUAUAAUUUAGUUUCGAUUCAGAGUACACCACGACCAACACUUCGACCUUUUUUCGCUACAGCUGGUAGCUCUGAUGAUACAUUGAGUGCCGAUGCUGGAGCGAAAUUGUUGAAACGCCUUCAAAGAGAAUUACUUGCCCAAAGUGAAACUGAUACGUCACCAGAUACUGUACAUCUACGAUCCAUGCUAGCUUCAGUUGGUAAAUCGGUAAGCUUUCAAAACCCAUUCGGAAAGUCUUCUGGGAAGUCCGACUUAUUACCAUUAGAGAGAUUUUCCGCACUACCAGGUUCACCUACGACAACAUUUACUGAUUCUGGACCUUUGCAGUCCACUGAUUCUUCACUCCUUCAACGAGGUGGUGGUCAUAUGAUGAGUUUAGCUGGUGGCCGUUUUGCCAAACGAUUUGCGCAUAUUCGACGACGAUCUAAUUCAAAGCAUAUUUUUGGAAUGUACAGACCCAACAAAUCUAACUACAACCAGGAAUCUGAAACGGUUAAUCAAGGUGUAGAAAAUAUUACUAUAGAAAGUGAAUCGUCAGAUGAUCAUUCUCCAACUGAUGGUGGAUUAGACCCUUCUUGUUUAUCUUUAUCUCGUGGACGAGAUACAGCUUUUGAUUAUUUCGCUUCACAUAAUCCUUCGGGAGAUUUCUCUCAAGCAAUAAACCCUACACUAUGUUCUACUCCAGAAGCUAAUCGUUCGUAUAUAUUAGGCGAUAGAGUAAUUUCCGAUAGAAAUAUUACUUAUGAUGAGAAGAAAAUUCAUGAGAAAACUCCAACCAAUUGUAAUACAGAUUUCUCAACUAGUGAAAAUAAAUCUUUUGAAGCAUCAGCGAAUUCUUUUGGUACUUCUGCCGAAAUUAAUCCGUCAAAUUUAGAAAAACUAGCAAGUGUUACAUUUAUUGUUGGUAGUUUCGAAAAAUCUGGAAAAAUUGUAUUUAAUCUACUAUCUGAAUUAAAUCUGCGUUUGUUUAACGUAAAUUCACUCAAUGAAAUGCGUACAAUUUUCACACGUUUGGCUAAUGAAGCACAAAGCUAUACACGACGUGUAUCCGAUGGUGAUUAUAUUAAAAUUUGUAUACUCGGUGGAAAUUUAUUAAUUAAUCUUGUCUUACGUGCUUAUGUAGAUCAAUUAAGUUGUAGAUCUACAGAAUUGAUAACUGCUUUUCGAUUUUUCAUUAUACCAAUUGAUGGAUUAACUAAAUUUAUUCAUCAUUCAUCAUCAUUACAUCAACGAAGUCGAAACAAUCUAAUGAAAAUUAAUCAGAUAUCAGAAGUUGGUAGUCAACAACGACAACAGCAUACAAUGGAUAUAUCAAUUAACACUGGAUGUAGUCAAUCUAAUCUGAAUGAUUCAGAUUCUGAUCGUACUUCGCUACCAUCAAUUCAUGGAUCAACAUACUUCAACAAUCUGUUUACUUUUCAUCUUUGUCAAAUUGAUCCAAUUUAUGGAAGCUUAUUUUCAGAAUUAUGCAAUGAAUCUGCUUCUGUCGAUGCUAAUUCUACGAUGAAUGAUUUAGAUUUGUUAGUGUUAAGAUCUGAAUUGAUUAAUCGUAUUGUGAAAUAUUUAACAAAUGGUAGAAAUGUCCAUCCAUUUCCUAUUGGAUCAUGUCUUCUUGGCUCAUCGAAAAAUACUUCAACUAAUGUAAAUAAAAUGCAAAAAUCUCUAACUACAGAUUGUGCUAAUGCGACGUCAAAUUUAUCUCCAACCAAUAUAAAUAUUGCAAAUCAGUCAGGUCCAGGAAUAACAGACCAAAAUGCUAGUUAUUCAGAUGGGAUUUCUUGUUCAGGUAAUAAUAUUCAGAAUGAAGAAAUGGUUAUUCCAUUCAUUUUAAAUGUUCGUCUAGGCAAUUGUUCAACAUUAAAUUAUCCUGGUUUAUUGACAACUGUUCCAACACAAAUUAAAUCUCAACACCAACAGCAGACUAGUCGAUCGUUUACUGCCGAUUCAUCUCAUUCAUGUAAUACAUCUACAGUAGUAGCUAAUACAAGUACCGCUGACUUAGAUUUUAAAACACCUAGUGAUCCAGAACAAUCUUAUACUAGACGUAAUAUUAGUCCUGAAUCAGUUUCACAUAAUACAACCAUAGCACCAAGAUCACAUUCUUCUGUUCAAAGAAGCGGUCAGUCACCAAUAUUUGGUUCUGAUCGACGCCUUUGGGAUAUUCAAAUAGAGUACUGGUCGAUACCUAGUCAGACUACAACAAUAAGUAGCAAUAGUCAAAAUAAUCAAAUUACUUCAAUGUCAUCGUCGUUUUCAUCCGCGAAUUCUGUUUCAAAUAAUAUAAAUACUAACAGUGCUUUUUCUUGUCCUACAAGUCCACCAAGUACAGCAUCGGAUCCUAUAUCACCACCGCGACGUUCUACUGUAAAAACUAUAUCACCUGGUUUAGUCGUUACGAUAGAUUCAUCAUCCAAUAUAACCGGUUCAAUGUUAUCUUCGCCACAUCGUAAUGGUGACGUAUUUAAUUAUGGUACGGAAUCCCAUUCUAACAGUUUAGUUUACUCACCGAUUCGUCAUGUACAAUUCAAUUUAAAUCAAACACAUACUCAACAUCUCGCUCUUGGAUUAUGGACGAAGGAAAAGAAACAAAAAAUUAUGCUUAUCGGUCGUAAAGGUAAAGAACUUAACUGUCGUUAUGAGUUGAUUACUGGUAUUCAACGUCUUUUAUGUACUGGACGUUGUUGUAAUUUGCAUAAUACUAGUUCAACUAAUAAUACUGAACGAUCAAAAGAUACAGAAUCCAGUCAUCAUCAUCAUUCUUCAUCAGCCGGUAUAAUAUCAGAUUCAAAUGUUCUAUGCUCUCCAGAUUAUAAAACUUCAAGUACAAUAUCUGCAUUAGGCUUAGCUUUGACUGGUGGUAAUGCUAGUAAUUGUGGUUUUUCAGGGUUUACCGGGAACAAUAAUCAUAUGAUGAGAGUUUCGAUAGAUGGUGUUGAAUGGACCGAUUUAAAAUUUUUUCAAAUCACUCCAGUUUGGCGUACACAUGUAAAAUGUUUUCCAGUUGUUCUAUUGAAUGCUAAUCAGGUGGAUACAGCAACUCUAGUCAAAUAAAAACAAUCAUAAGUAUUAUUAUUAGUUCAGUGAGAUUUCUCUGGCGAAAAAAAAUAAACUGAAUGUAUAGUCUAUGUAUUUCUUCUCUAUAUGUUUGUAUCAUUUUCGCAUCUUUUCUUCGGAUAUUCUGGAUGCCAAAUAAUAAACCCUACUUAACAGUGAAUAAUAGUAAUUGUAACAACAACAAUGCAUUUAUCAGUGGUAUUAUUUUAUUCAUGUUUGUAUGUUUUUCAUUUCGCUACAUUUAUUUUUUUGUUUUCAUAAUCACUUUGUCUUCCAGAUUAUGUUGUUUGAAUAGAUUUUGUUUUGUUUGUCUAUUUAUAAGAUUGAUAUCCAUCCCUCUCAUAUAUUGUAGAUGCAAAUCGUUUUUAGUUUCUGUCUAUCCACUUUCACUACCUGAUAACAUUACUAUUUCAAAUACGUACUUCUAUCUAUUCCUUAUAUAUAUAUAUAUAUAUAUAU